AUGGGAAAGCACCGCAACAAGGGAAAAGGGGGCAGCCUGAGCUCGAGAAGAAAAGUCAAGGACAACACCAAAAAGAGGGCUUCCGUCAUCGCCAGAAAGCACCGGACAAAGGACAUCGACCAAGUGCAUGAUGACCUGAAAACGCCUGACAAGUUCGUCCCCGAGGCGAUGGAGAAGGAUGAGGACUUGCCUGGCCUCGGGCAGUUCUACUGCAUUGCGUGUUCGAGGUUCUUCCAAACCGCGGAGGUGCUAGCAGUGCACGUCAAGUCCAAGCUGCACAAGCGGCGCCUGCAGAAGGCCAAGGACGAGCCCCACACCCAGCGGGACGCCGAGCUCGCCGUGGGCAUGUCCCACGAAUGA